CAAGAGGGGCGGGGUGGGGCAGGGUGGAGUUGUUGAUAAUCAGCCCUCUGACCUGAGACUGGGGCCAUUGGUGUCCGGCCCCAUAGCUUCCAUCCAUGGCCCGCUCCGUGGUGCUCAUCACCGGCUGCUCUUCGGGCAUCGGCCUGCACCUGGCCCUGCGGCUGGCAUCCCACCCCUCGCAGAGCUUUAAAGUGUAUGCCACGCUGAGGGACCUGGAGGAUCAGGGCCCACUGUGGGAAGCCGCCCAGGCCCAGGGAUGCCCUUCCGGCAGCCUGGAGACACUGCAGUUGGACGUGAGGGACUCAGAGUCUAUCCGCGCUGCACGGGCACGGGUGGCCGAGGGUCGUGUGGAUGUGCUGGUGUGUAACGCGGGCCGUGGCAUGAUGGGACCGCUGGAGGCAUACGAGGACCACGCUGUGGGCUCCGUGCUGGACGUGAACGUGGCCGGGACGGUGCGGGUACUGCAGGCCUUCCUCCCGGACAUGAAGCGGCGGCGCUCGGGGCGAGUGUUGGUGACCGGGAGCAUGGGCGGUUUGAUGGGUGAGAGGCCUGCGGAGAGAGUACAGUUGGCAGGUGGCGGGGUCUUCCUCACCGCCCUGCACGACCCCCAACCCGCGCUGCGAUACUACACCACGGAGCGCUUCCUGCCCCUGCUGCGCCUGCGCUUCGACGACCCCAGCGGCGGCCGCUACUUGGCCGCCAUGCGCCGCGUGGUGUUCCAAGAGGAAUCCGCCGAGGACCCCGACGACGCCCCCCCAGCCGAGCCCCCGGCGGCAGGAUUGGGGGCACCCUGAGCUUGGCGGCCCUCCCACUACCCCCACAAUAAAAGCUUCA